CGUGCGUUCUCUCCAGAGUGCAGGCUGCGCGGGGUCUGGGGACACAGUUCGGGCGGAGUUGGCGGCAGCCGGGGGCAGGCACUUUUGAGCUGGGAGGGAGGAGCUACCUAUUUCCUGAAUCGCCUGCAAACUCCAGAGCCGAGGCGUGGAGAAUUCGGCCGGCGCUGCGCCACGAUGUCGGGGGGAUCAGCCAGGAGCCUAGCAAAGGGAAGCGCGCCCCCAGGGCCGGUCCCGGAAGGCUUGAUCCGCGUCUACAGCAUGAGGUUCUGUCCGUUUGCCCAGAGGACGCUGUUGGUCCUGAAGGCCAAAGGAAUCGAGCAUGAAAUCAUCAAUAUCAACCUGAGAAAUAAGCCUGAGUGGUAUUUCAAGAAGAAUCCCCUGGGUUUAGUGCCAGUUCUGGAAAACAGUCAGGGUCAGUUGAUCUCUGAAUCUACCAUCACUUGUGAGUACCUGGAUGAAGCAUAUCCCGGGAAGAAGCUGUUGCCGGAUGACCCUUAUGAAAAAGCUUGCCAAAAGAUGGUCUUUGAGUUAUUUUCUAAGGUACCAUCUUUGAUGGCAAACUUUAUUAAAGGGCAAAAUAAAGAAAACUGGUCUGGCCUAAAAGAAGAAUUGAAGAAAGAAUUCAGCAAGCUAGAGGAGGUUCUGACUAAUAAGAAGACAACCUUCUUUGGUGGCAAUUCUGUGUCUAUGAUUGAUUAUCUCAUCUGGCCCUGGUUUGAACGGCUGGAAGCAAUGGAGCUAAAUGAGUGUGUAGCCCACACUCCAAAACUUAAGCUCUGGAUAGCAGCCAUGAAGAAAGAUCCCACAGUAUCAGCCCUCCUCCAUGAUGUGAAGACUCAUCAAGGAUUCUUAGGCCUCUACUUACAGAACAGCCUGGAGGCCUUUGACUAUGGGCUCUAAAGUGGGCAAAAAUCAACAGUGAAGUUAUGUCUAAUAUUUUACUUCACCUAUGUGUAUAAUAACAUGCUUUCAUUUUAUCAAGUGCA